UUUUGACGGUAAACGCGGGCCUCCCGGUGCCUUUUUACCGGAGCUGCCAGAUGAUCGGCGCAGAGUGGAGGGUCCCACGGGACGCUAAACACGUGGUCUCUGCUGCCACAAGACGUCAGCGGCAGAUGGCAUGGGUACCCGCUGUUGGCAUGAGUGUCAUUCCUCAAAGAGAGAGGGAAGGAAGGGGGAGAGCGGAUCGCAGCGAGGAGGAGAAAGGAGGGUUUGAGCUCUGGCUGGUAUAAUUGUGCAGUUUGCAAAAGAAAACUGUAAGAAACUACCGCGGAGAUUCAAAGGAUGAUUGGGGCCAUGAGAAGUACACGUUGACCAGAGGAGAUAUGUUGACGCUGCCAUUCGAGGAAACUCAUAUGAUGUGUGAGCCGCGCUUUGGUGCCAACUAUCCCCGCGAAAGCCUGCCUGAGAGCCUGCAGCAGCAGGAGCGACAACAGCGCACCACGGCCAGGUCCGACCCGGACAUGAUGAGGGAGGCCGAGGACGACCUCUCCGACAGGGAAGAAGACGAAAGGGAGGACGACCAGGACGAGAACGAGCUGCAGAAGAAACGGGGUCCGCGGAAAAAGAGGCCUGGCAAGGAGCAUGUGGACAGGGCCAAACUCCGGCGCCAGGAAGCCAACGCCCGGGAGCGCAGCCGGAUGCACGGCUUGAACGCUGCACUGGAGAGUCUGCGCAAAGUUGUGCCGUGCUACUCAAAAACUCAGAAACUGUCCAAAAUCGAGACGCUCAGACUGGCAAAAAAUUACAUCUGGGCCCUGUCAGAGACCCUGAACGCCGGGAAGAGACCGGACCUUCUCGCUUUUGUGCAGACUUUGUGCAAGGGAUUAUCUCAGCCAACCACCAACUUGGUGGCGGGCUGUUUGCAGCUGAACGCUAGAAAUUUUCUCACGGAUCACAACGGAGAAGUGAUGUUUUCUGGCAGGUCACCUUACGAAGCUAUGUACUCGUACACCGGCUCGGACAUGAACUCACCCCCGGGCCACAGCGGUGGCGUCAUGGACGCCAACUCCAAGCCGUUCCGACACUACAGCUACAGCAGCGCCUACGAGACCUACUUCGAGAACCCGUCCCCGGACAGUAGCAGCCCACAUUUUGACGGCCAGCUGAGCCCCCCGAUGAGCUUCAACGGGAUUUUCUCCCUAAAACACGACGACCCGCCAGAUUACGGGAAAAGUGGCCACUACGGUGUGCGCUACUGUGGCGCGCCAGGGCGCACGGCCCUGGCACCCACCUCAAUGUACCGAGUCUCCCCGGAGGCCCGUUUUCCCUACGACCUGCACGUCCGCAGCCAGUCCUUCCAAACCCAGGGGGAAGUUAAUGGGUCAUACCACAAUUAAUUCAUCAGCCAGGACAAAGUGCAAGCUUCAGAUGCAAAUUUCUCUGCACAAAAGUAAAAAACAAAACUGAACUCUGAUGCACAUUUGGGGGUUUAAAGUGACUUUUUAACUGUAAAGGCAGCAAUUUGGAUUAUAUGAUUUUAAUUAAUGAUGAGAAACUUUCAUCUUAAAUUGAUCUUGAUGUUUUUAAUGGAAAAAGUUUUAAUGAAAUGGUGCUAUGUAUCUGUUUCCAAACAAGUCGAAUUUAAAAGGGAAACGUAGAUGAGGAUCACUUAUUUUCCUUUUUUAUUUGCUUUUAUUUAUUUAUUUCAUUUGUUUUUACAGUUGCAGCGUAGUGUUCACAUUUUUUUCUUAACGGAAGUACAGCAAAUGUUGGUGAUUAUACACCUUAUUGAUGCAGGUAAUACCCAACACAAUCCGGUUAUUUGAAACGAUUUUAAAUAAAACUAAAAAGAAGGUGGAAAAAUUGGUUUCACUUUAUCAGGGAACUGUACCCAAACAUGUCUGGAGUUCAGAGAAUCAUUGUGUUGGCAAUAAAAGUUAAAUUGAGCUAUGCAAUGUUGCCAAAUACAAUCCGUGUAUAUUUAAAAUUUGAAAUGCAUUUUCAUUAAAGCACCUCGUUGUUUAGGACCUAAAAUGAGUCAAUUACAGGACAAGGGCCUGAAAGUAAGGGCAGAAAAGGUCACAUUUAAAUGCAUUGCUAUAUGUCGGAUAAAUUUUGUGGUACCGAACUGAAUGUAAAUUAUUUCAGUAUUUAUGUACUAUUUAUUUCCAAGUCCGUUUUUUUGUGAAUAAUAUAUAAUAGAAAUGAAUAAUGUAAAAUCAUAGUGUGAACUUAUGUGAAUUUCCACAGUUUGUUUAUGUUGCAAUGUUGUAAAAUUUUACCAGAGCUGACAGGAAUACAAGGCAUUUGGGUGCAGCUUAAAUAAAAUGUAAAAUGCUUUAAAAAUGGGGAAAAAAAACUGAGAAAGACAAUGGCCAUCAGUAAACAACGAAGUUGAAGCUUU